UUCUCCAAGACACACCCCUCCCGACUAGAACUCACCUGCACCAACCCCUUCUUCCAGGCUGUGCAUACGGCGCAUACCUCUCCCUGCUACUUGGCGGCUCCCCUCCCCUUCCUGGCUCACCAUUAGCUUCAGCUUCCUCCUCAUUUCAUUAGGCUUCCACCUUUGCUUCCCAUGUCCCAGUAGUUCACUCUCCCUGACCCCCUCAGUCCCCUGCAGAGCUUCCUCGCGCUCUGGGCUCUCCCGGAGAUCCUGUGCGUGCUCCCCCUCGUUCUGAGCUCUCGGGGAGCAGGGAAGGAGGCCAGGCACACGCGUCGGCUCGCGCCCUUCCCCGCCCCUGUGGCGGCUCGUCUGCCCUCUCUCUCCUUAUCCCUCCCUCCUUCUUUCCCUCCCCCCCUGCAGCGCCUCCCUCUCUCCAGGAGAGAACCGUAGAGGGGCUGCGGGCGCCUGGCCAGAGCGGUUCAGGCUGCUCUCCUCCACGCUUCUGUCCCCCGAGCUCCAGUAGCUGCGGGAGGGGGACCCCUUGCAGUUGGCAGCUUGGAGAGGGAGAAGGGCUGAGGAAAGAGCGUGCGUUUCUCGGCGGCCCCGCCAACUGUCAGCUCUGCUCCUCCCCUCCAACCUGUUCCCCUCGCUGCCGCUGCUGCUGCUGCUACCUCCUCUGCGUUGCUCUAGCCCCAACUAGUCUACACUCUCUCCAGACAUGGAUUUACUCCUGGCACUGGUGUUCGCGUCUUCGCUCUACCUGGAGGCUGCGUCGGAGUUCAAUGGAAGGUGGCCCAGGCAAAUAGUGUCCUCCAUUGGACUAUGCCGCUAUGGCAGUAGAAUUGAUUGCUGCUGGGGCUGGGCUCGCCAGUCAUGGGGACAGUGUCAGCCUUUCUACGUCUUAAGGCAGAGAAUAGCCAGGAUAAGGUGCCAACUCAAAGCUAUAUGCCAACCCAGCUGCAAGUACGGUGAAUGUAUAGGGCCGAACAAGUGCAAGUGUCAUCCUGGAUACUCAGGGAAGACCUGCAAUCAAGAUGACCACCUCUAUCCAACCCCUCUUGACCAGCACAGUGAACAGCCUUACGUCCAACCCCUGGAUCUUCGUGCAACGAAUUUACCUUCAAGGGAUUUAAAUGAAUGUGGUCUCAAGCCCCGGCCCUGCAAGCAUCGGUGCAUGAAUACUUAUGGCAGCUACAAGUGCUACUGUCUAAAUGGGUACAUGCUUAUGGCAGAUGGAUCUUGUUCAAGUGCCCUGUCGUGUUCGAUGGCGAAUUGUCAGUAUGGCUGUGAUGUGAUGAAAGGUGAUGUGCGCUGCCGCUGUCCUUCACCAGGUUUACAGCUGGGGCCAGACGGGAGGACCUGUGUGGAUGUGGAUGAAUGUGCAGCUAGGAGAGCUGUAUGCCCCAGAUUUAGGCAAUGCGUGAACACCUUUGGAAGCUACAUCUGCAAGUGCCAUAAAGGCUUUGACCUCAUGUAUAUUGGAGGCAAAUACCAGUGUCAUGAUAUAGAUGAAUGCUCUCUUGGUCAAUACCAGUGCAGCAGCUUUGCCCAAUGUUACAACGUAUACGGGUCAUACAAGUGUAAAUGUAGGGAUGGCUACCGGGGAGAUGGCAUAAACUGCAUAUAUAUUCCAAAGGUUAUGAUUGAACCUUCAAAACCAGUUCAUGUAUCAGAAGGAAAUAAUACUUUCCCAAAAGGUAAUGGAGGACAUAUUAAUAAAAUUCCUGAUAUUGCAACUACUAGAUGGCCUCUAAGGACACCACACAUUCCCACUGUUCAUACAGAGAGAUCUACUCCUAAGCCCCCAAGACCUACACCAAAGCCAACGACACCACCUCCACCAAACACAACUGAACUUACUACUGUCCGCAUGACACCACCACCAUGGACAGCAGUAACAACGCAAAGACCACAGCCCAAGCCAUCAACAAUGGCACCUUCAUUUUCAACCAAAAUACCAAUUGAAAGUACAUCUCCAAGAGGAAUGACGGUUGACAACAGAAUACCGACAGAUCCUCAGAAACCCAGAGGAGACGUGUUCAUUCCUCGCCAGCCUGGAGUGAACAAUGACCUGUUUGAAAUAUUUGAAAUUGAAAGAGGGAUCAGUGCAGAAGAUGAAGCCAGAGAUGAUCCAGGUGUUCUGAUCCACAGCUGCAGCUUUGAUCAUGGUCUUUGUGGAUGGAUCAGGGAAAAAGAUGAUGAUUUACACUGGGAACCAUCCAGAGAUCCAGCAGGUGGACAGUAUUUGAUCGUCUCAGAACCCAAAGACCUGAGUGGAAAAGCAGCUCGCCUGGUGCUGCCUCUUGGCCACCUCAUGAACUCGGGUGAUUUGUGUCUGUCAUUCAAGCACAAGGUAUCUGGGUUCCACUCUGGUGCACUCCACGUGUUUAUGAGAAAGCAUGGUACCCAUGGAGCAGCCCUGUGGGGGAGAAAUGGUGGCCAUGGCUGGAGGCAAACACAGAUCACGCUGCGGGAUUCAGCUAUCAAGAGUGUCAUCUUCAAAGGUGAAAAACGGUAUGGCCACUCCGGGGAGAUUGGAUUGGAUGACGUGAGCUUGAAAAGAGGCCAGUGCUCUGAAGAACCCUAUCUCCACCAGCCUUGGCAAUAAGCAUCUGCUUGGCUCCCUCUCCUCUCUCCUGUCUCCUUUCCAUGAGGCUGAGAAGAGCUGGGUCAGGAGCAAGUGGCGAUCCACUUCUUGUUGGCCUGCUUUGUGCAAUUCCCAAUGAAGAGUAAAACUCUCCUUUCCAUAAAGAACCCCCGAUGACAACCAUCAGGCAAACCCCCAGCCCCUUCAUCCAUUGUCUCUUCUGGUGCUGCAGUGUAUAUGGGACAGAUCACAUCCUUCAUCCUGGAUCUAAGAUGCUCUGGAAAUAAAGGAAGAGGAGUACAUCUUGGUGGGGAGUUUUCUAAACAAACAAAUGAAAACAUCCCAUUCAAAAGGGCAUCCUAUUAACUAUCCAUUGUUGUACCAAAUGUAAUAACCAUUUCACAUGUGAUAUGGUAUACCUGUGGAAAUGGUUUGUCCUAAUUUAAGUUAGCUCUAGCCAGGACCCAAACUCUGGCUGUCUACUUACUGCCAUUUUUUUUUUUUAAGAAAGAAGGAUGUGUACUAUGUCAAAUUACACUUAUUCUUAUGUUGUAUCCAUUUUUUCAAAAAAGACAAUUAUAUAGAGUAGCAUUGCAUCCCUUUAAUAUCAGUAGAGUUGUGUUUUCUGUAAAUGUGCUAUUGAUAUUAUAUAUUUAUGGGUUCCUAAUAUUUACAGACUCUAGCUGUAAGGUUAAAAAAAAACAGCUUGUGAUCUCUUGAGCUUAAAAAAAUGCAUCAUGUGAAAUCUCAUCCUUUUCUGUGACCCUGUGUUGUAGGCCAGAUAUAAAUUGUAAAUAUCAUCUCAUUUUGACAGAAUAAGGCACUGGUGUGAGCUAAAUACAUAUUUUCAUAUCAUAAUUGUCUUACCUCUGAUUAAUCUAGACCAGAGGUUCAUAAUGGCAGCCGACAGGCAGCACUUUACAAAGUCCUAUUGCCAUUUUAGACUAAAUGAAUCCCAGUUUAUAUUUACCCCCACAAGAUUUUGACUUAAGAAUAAAAAUAAAGCCUCUUAAAGACAACAAUACUUCCUUAAUAAAUAAUAGGGUUUUUUUGCCACAGUUUUUUGUGACUUGCAGUGCUGCUGACAACACUCCCUACAAUAGCCUGAAGGAGAUUAAAAUGUAAUUGGAAAAUAUUUCCCAAAAUAAAUCAAAAUGAGGUAGAACAUAGUAAUGUUAAUAUGUGGUUUUCUAAGUCAAUAUGCAGCCCACAGGAAUCCUUAUACACAGGUAGAGUGGUUGGUUUCUAUUUGAGUUUGGCAUCAGUUAGCUAGACAAUUUUUUUUAUUAGAAUCAGGUCCUUCCUUCCCGCUAAGGGCAGCAAACCGUUGCUUUAUAGUACAAGAGUGAAUUUCUGGCAUCUUAUAAGUGGUUAAAUCUCUACUUCUGAAUUCAUAGGACCAUAGAUCUGGAAGGUACCUAGGGGUUCAUCUAGUAGUCCAAUUCCCCUUUUUAUAGAUGAAGAAACUAAGGCCCA